AGUCUCCUCUUGCACCAAGCCAAACCGAAACUUAUUGUUAGCUCUUUCACUCUCUCUCUCUGUUUCAACCUGUCCAGCGCAGCCAUGUUCAGGCCAGUGUUCUCGCCAGCUCCUAUCCGUCAUCGGCGACUGCGAGAAUCUUUGGGACGGUUACUUGCGCCCUUGACACUGUGGAUAUGUGUUUCUGUAAGUUUAAGAUAUGGGUAUUACGGGGAUCGCCGAAUGGUGCUUGGACCUAGCUCAUCCCGCUUGAUGAAAGCAAGUUCUGUAUUUGUAGAGCAAGUUGAAGUGAGAGAUGAAGAUAAGAAAGGGGUUCUUCUAUAUGGUUUCUUUGAGAAACCUGAAUUGAGUUUGGAAACGAAUUGGAGCACAUCGGAUUACAUAAUUGUUGCAUCUUACAGUCGAAAGGGAUUUUCUUUGUGGUUGAACAGGGGUUCAAGGAUUCGUAUGAGAUGGGAAACUCAAACUAGCAUUUUAAAUCAACUACAAGUCGUUUUAGUUAAAGGAGAACGCACGUAUGAAACUCUGCUGCCAAAAGUGACUACUACUCUUGAUGUCUUUAACCUCAGUCAAUCCCUAAGAGGUAAAGAAGUUGAAUACAUUAUAGAAGAGGACGACAAGUACUAUCUUGGUCUGGUAAACACAAACCGCAAAAGCAUUAUAAUGAAACUAUCUCUAAACGUUACAUCAAAACUUUAUGAUAUAUCAAAAGCCAAGAAUAUGUGCUCAACAAUAAACGGAUCAUGCCGGCUCAAGCUUCUAUUUCCAAAUAUUCAUUAUGUUGUAGUAACCACACCUGAUAAUGAUGAUACUGGCGGAUGGUAUGUCGAGCUUUCUUUCGUGGCACGGGUGAUAACUUACAUUGCAAUUUUAGGAUUUAUUAUUGUUAUUAUUUUCCUGGUGUUGAAAUAUCUUGGAGCUUGUGAUUCUGAGACUACUUUAGUAGAAACAGCACCGAGUUAUCAAGUUUCUGAAAGUGAGACAGAGCCUAUAUUGCCACAAAAGUCAGUUCCUUUCACAUAUGGAACGAAUGUAGAAGAAGAUGAAGAAGAUAGAUCGUCUAGCAGUUCUUCUGAAGAUUUAUAUGAUGCAAAAUUGUGCGUCAUCUGUUACGAUGAGCAAAGAAACUGCUUUUUUGUUCCUUGUGGCCAUUGUGCCACCUGCUAUGACUGUGCUCAAAGGAUUAUGGAGGGGGAAAACAAGAUAUGUCCCAUAUGUAGAAGGCUAAUAAACAAAGUAAGAAGACUUUUCACUCCAUAGAUGCAACAACUCCAGCUUAAAGACAUGUGUGCAUAAGAUUCAGGAUUUUCAUAUUAUUGAAGGGAAGGAGUGAUAUUUUUUUGCUUCAGUUCCGUGCCUUUGUAUUUGUUUAUAAAUUACUUGGCUACUGUUCAUUUAUUUUCUGCUAAAAAUGCUUUUUUUUUCCAAGUUAAAUGAGAAACAGGAGUCCUCAAAGCAUUUACCAAUGGACCCAAAAAAAAAAAAAUAGUAACUUGAGAAGCA